AAGCGUACACGCAGCGCUCAUCAAAUGGAUUAAAUUGGUCGUUGUAAACGGAUAAGAUCCUCGCUUGAACCAGAACUAGAUCGGGAUAUUAUAUAGUAAAGUGUAAUCAGAGUAAAUAGUUCAGGACUUGUAAACAGAAUAUCCGGAACUUGUCAAGGAAAUCAAUCAAGAACAACAUUUUGUGAUCACUAAUCCUCGAUAGAUAUGAAAAUCGCACAAUAAAGUGAAUGCUUUUAAGUUGUAAAAUAAGUGGAAAAUAAUUUUAAAAAAUAUGAUACGAGAAAAGCUUAUCGCAAAACUGCUCCUGCUCCUCGCGAUUGUUUUACCUUUGGGAUCAGGACAGAACAGCACCCUGAAGAUCAACACGAACGUGAAGGACAUCGAGGCUGGGGUCGUGGCCCUGCCCUCCAUCCAGGGUCCCGGGAACAUCUGCAUCCGCGAGGAGCCCUACGUGGAGCACGUCCAGGUGCCGGAGAUGCAGCCGGUGCGAGUGCGCACCUCCAGCUGGUGCAUGGAGAUCCCGCCGAGGUGCGCCACCUUCAAGACGGAAAUGCGCGAGGUGAUGAGGGUGCAGAAAUUGAACAAGACGCGAACAGUUCGCUUUUGCUGCCAAGGAUACGAGGGAAACCUCUCCGACAGCCAAGCCACAUGCAAGCCCAUCUGCAGGGGCGGAUGUGGGCGUGGCAGUUGCGUAAUGCCCGACACUUGCAGCUGCGAGGAGGGCUAUAUUGGCAAGCAUUGCACACAGCGCUGCGAUCACGAUCGCUGGGGUCUGGACUGCAGAAAUGUAUGCCAAUGUCAAAAUGGAGCAGCCUGCGACAAUAAGUCGGGACUUUGUCACUGCAUCGCCGGUUGGACAGGACAAUUUUGCGAGCUGCCGUGUCCUCAGGGAACUUAUGGUAUCAUGUGCCGCAAGGCCUGCGACUGCGAUGAGAAUCCUUGCAAUCCCCAAACGGGUGCCUGCAUUCAGCAGGAUCAGCCUCUUCAGCUGAAUGUGAGCCACGUCAUCGUGGAGACUGUGAACUCCACGCUGGAGAAGAUGGGUAUCAUUCCGCGUCCCAUCACCCCCGUUCCCCUGCCGGAGGUCAUAGUGAUCAAGCAACCGGCCAGCCACGAAAAUGCCCAGCACUCGCCAAAGAUCAUUGUCCAUCAAUCGGGCAGCGACCUGCUAGAGAAUCUCCAUACGGCUGCAGCCGCCGGAGUUCCCACUCCGGAGGUCAUCCACGUGAUCACCAAUGGAAUCACCUCCCCACAGGAGCACUUGGCCGGAUUCGUCGGUGGUGACUCCAACUCAAGUCAGACGGCGACGGCUGAUCAUCAGUCCGGUCUGGUGAUCACACUGGUCAGCAUAAUGCUCCUCCUGCUGGUCGCCAUUGCGUUGGGUUCACUGUACGUGUACCGGAGGUAUCACCACAAAAAUUCAGCCGUAUACAAUGCCAACGGAUCGGUGACCACGCUGCCUGCGAAUCCGGAGGUGGUUCUCACCGAAGCCGCGGCCCUGGGAAAAAACUUCCACGAACCAUUGCCAGAACCGCCCGUGGCAUUCGCCAUCACUCCCCAAUUGAACGAGGCACAACCAGAAUUAUAUGACACCCCCAGCAAUAACUCCUCAAUUAAAACACCACCCUACGCCUAUGCUAGGAAGGAAUCGCUCUACUCGGUGGUUUCGCCCAAGUCUCGAAAGGGCAGCCUGGACUCGCACCUGUACGACGAGAUCCGCUACCACCAGCAGCACCACCAGCAGCUCCACCAUCAGCAGCACCACCCACGGAACCAUCAGCAUGUUCAGCACUCCACCACCGCCUCCGCCUUCCUGCCGGCCAGGCCACAGGUGAUGCCAGUGAACGACCAGUUCUCCAAUGGAAGUCUUCAUCCCCACCAGCGAUCGCAUCAUGUCACCCACUUGAUCAUUCCGCCACAGAACUCCAACUUCUUGCAGGUUCCCGCCCAGAUCACAGCCAAAAGAGUGGCCCACCUGUAA